UACACCAAACGAAAACUUGAGUGACAAAACAGAGUUUCGAACGCAAUAGCUCUAAGUCUCUAACUACCACCGCCUGUGUUUCAACGAGAAAAGAACGAGGGAAAGAACGAAGAAAUGGCGCGCAAGAAGAUCAGAGAGUACGAUUCCAAGAGAUUGUUGAAGCAGCAUUUCAAAAGGCUUUCCGGAAAAGAUUUGCCAAUCAAAUCUGCACAAGUGACGGAGUCAACUGAUUUCAAUGAGUUAGCAGAGAAGGAGCCAUGGAUUUUGUCGCAGAAGCUGGUUGUUAAACCUGAUAUGUUGUUUGGAAAGCGUGGGAAGAGUGGUUUGGUUGGCUUAAAUCUUGAUUUCGCUCAAGUUAUUGCUUUUGUGAAAGAGCGCCUCGGCAAAGAGGUGGAAAUGGGUGGAUGUAAAGGACCUGUAACAACAUUCAUUGUUGAACCUUUCAUUCCUCACAAUGAAGAGUUCUACCUUAACAUUGUCUCGGAGCGACUCGGUAACAGCAUUAGCUUUUCAGAGUGUGGAGGAAUUGAAAUUGAAGAGAACUGGGACAAGGUAAAGACCAUAUUUGUCCCAACCGAUUCAUCUUUCACAUCAGAGGCUUGUGCCCCACUUGUUGCAACCCUUCCCUUGGAGAUCAAAGGAGAAAUUGAGGAGUUCAUCAAAGUGAUCUUUACUCUAUUUCAAGAUCUUGACUUCACUUUCCUUGAGAUGAACCCUUUCACACUGGUUGAUGAAAAGCCUUAUCCUUUGGAUAUGAGAGGCGAGCUUGAUGACACUGCUUCUUUCAAGAACUUCAAGAAGUGGGGUAAUAUUGAAUUCCCAAUGCCAUUUGGAAGAGUAAUGAGUGCAACUGAAAGCUAUAUUCAUGGGCUAGAUGAGAAGACAAGUGCAUCUUUGAAAUUUACCGUGUUGAACCCUAAGGGACGCAUUUGGACAAUGGUUGCUGGAGGAGGUGCUAGUGUCAUCUAUGCCGAUACGGUUGGAGAUCUUGGAUUCGCUUCUGAGCUCGGGAAUUAUGCCGAAUACAGUGGAGCACCCAACGAAGAGGAAGUUUUGCAGUAUGCCAGAGUCGUAAUUGAUUGUGCAACUGCUGAACCUGAUGGUCGUGAAAGAGCCCUUGUAAUCGGUGGUGGAAUAGCCAACUUUACCGAUGUGGGCGCUACAUUCAAUGGCAUCAUUCGAGCCUUGAAGGAGAAGGAAUUAAAGCUCAAAGCAGCCAAUAUGCACAUAUACGUGAGGAGAGGAGGUCCCAAUUACCAGAAGGGACUUGCAAAAAUGCGGGCACUUGGAGAUGAAAUUGGCAUCCCCAUUGAGGUUUAUGGUCCUGAAGCUACAAUGACUGGUAUAUGCCAGGAGGCCAUCCAAUACAUCACUGCAACUGCAUAAGUGGUCGGUUCUUGUAUUCAGUUUCAGAUUGUUUUACGCUUCCUUUUUCCUUUGGGAUAUGUUGAUUAGAUGUCUAUUUGAAAUUGUGGCAGAAGCCUCAUAAAGUAAAGUUUUAGUUCAUAUUACUGAACCAUCUGAAAUUGUCUGCGGAGAAAUGAAAAUCGAGAUCUCAGGCAGACACAGAUGGCAUUUGUGAACAAUAAAGAUCUUAGUAGAAA